AUGAACAAUGGAUGGGGAUUUCUUGUUGAUGAAGAAAAAGGAGGCAGAUUACUUAUUUUUGACACAUGUUCAAGCUUUGAAAACCUAAAGUCUAUGGUGUGUGAAGACUUUGGAAUUGAUGUAAGCAUGGUCAAUAUAGAGCUGAGUUAUUUACCAUCCGAUUUGAUCAAUAGCAUCUACUCACCCCCUGUUAUCAUCACCAGUGAUCGGCAAGUUAGAAAUUUUCUUACAUAUGUAAAGAACAAAGCUUCGACGCAGUUGUGUGUGAGUACUCAAGCCUCUAACAUAGCGGAAGAAGGUACUGAGUCGCCUAACAAAGAGGAAGCGCCUAUGGAGUCUGACGAUUCAAGUGAUAUGGAGUCUGACGAUGCAGCUGAUAUGGAUUCAGAAGAAGAUGUUGAGGUACCUGACAGUGAAGAUGACAAAAAGUGUGACAAAGAGAAGAUCAAUGAAGAUGGUGUUCGCUUUUCUUUGGUGGAUAUUGUGAAGAAGGGUCAAUCUUUUAGUUCCAAAACACUUUUGAAGGCAGCAUUCGAAAUAUGUGCAAUGAAACAUAAUUUUGACUACGUGGUUGCCAGAUCGGAUAAGAAAGUGUGGUACAUUCGUUGCUCAGAUGAUGAUUGCACCUGGCGUGUUCGUGCAGUGGGAUUAACAGGCUCAUCAUAUUUUAUCAUCAAAAAGUAUGUACCUGAUCAUUCAUGUGCUACAUCCAAUAGGAAGGGUUCUGUUAGGACAGUUUUAGCAAAAACAGUGGGUACUCUGAUUAUGCAUAAGUAUGAAACUGCUAAAGAAGGGCCGAGAUCGAAUGAUAUAAUCCAGUAUAUGCGUAUGGUACAUGGAGUUGAGAUAUCCUAUUCUUUGGCGUGGGAUGCACGUGAAUAUGCAAUCAACGCAGUGAAAAGUAUUCCAGAGAAAGGUUAUUACAAAAUUCCUAAAUACUUGCAUAUGAUGAAGGAAGCUAAUCCAGGGUCACACACGUUUUAUGAAAGGGAUACAAAAGGGAGAUUCAAAUUCCUCUUCAUCUCGUUUGAUCAGAGUGUUCGCGAUGGAAACUCAAGUUUAUAUCCUAUUGCCUUUGGAGUUGUCGACUCAGAGAAUGACCUCGCGUGGAACUGGUUUAUGAGACAACUUAAUGUGGUCAUUGCUGACGACCAUAGUUUAGCUUUUGUGUCUGAUAGGAAUUCCUCAAUUGCUAAAGCUAUUGCGAGAGUGUACCCGCAAGCUCAUCAUGGAAUUUGCAUUCACCACUUGCUGAAUAAUGUUGUGACAUAUUUCAGCGGGAAAGGUGUGGCUGGUUUGGUUGCAAAGGCUUCUAAAGCUUAUCUAGCAGCUGAUUUUCGUAAGGUGUUCACUGCUAUUUUCGCUAUUAGUCCUGAAAUUGGACAGUAUCUCAUAGAUGCCGAUGUGAGGAAGUGGGUUCGUUGUCAGUUUCCAGGUUACAGAUUUGAUAUUAGGACUACUAUCCCUGCGGAGUCGAUAAAUGUUGCUUUGCGUACGCCUAGAGAGUUUCCAGUGAUACCUUUGUUGGACAUCAUUAGGGAAAUGAUGACUCGAUGGUUUUUCAAACGUAGAACUUUAAGUUCUAAGCAUUCGAAGCCACUGACCAUUGCUGUGGAGAAAAAGAUUGACAGAAGGAUUGAGAAGGGUAAAACAUUUAAGGUCUUUCCAGUUAGCGAUCAUAGGUUUUUAGUUCAAGGUGACACUUUCGACUGCUCAGUAGACUUGGUCAGACGCACGUGUUCUUGUGGGAAAUUUGAUCUGAUGAAAAUCCCAUGCAGGCACGCCAUAAAAGCAGGCUUCAGUGUUGGAAUAAGACCACACACACUCACAGAUGACAUGUACACUACUGCCUCAUGGCGCUCGGCUUAUGAAGAAAGCAUAAAUCCUAUUGGCGUCCCCGAAGAUGCAAGGAAAGUUCCAUCUCAUGUGGAGAAGUCGAAAAUCCUUCCUCCAGAGAGUAGACGAGCUGCGGGUAGGAGAAAGAAACGCAGAUACGAGACAGCCGAAGAUAAGAUCCGUUCGUCACAAGGAACUCAAGGCUCUACAGUUCGAAAAUGCAGUCGAUGUAGGAUUGAAGGUCACAACAGGAGAACAUGUGGUAGAGCAAUAUAG